AACAUCCAGCAGCAACACAACAUUUUGGCAUGACUACUAUUUUGAUGAAAAAUAUACUGAACCAGGGCUGCACAGCGGCCGGGUGGUUAGCGCACAGGCUUCACAGCUAGGAGACCCGAGUUCAAUUCCAUCCUCAACCAUCUCUGUGUGGAGUUUACAUGUUCUCCCCAUGCAUGUGUGGGUUUUCUCCGGGUACUCCAGUUUCCUCCCACAUUCAUGACCGAGGGUGGAAUUGAACUCGGGUCUCCAAGUUGUGAGGCCUGCAUGCUAACCACGUGUUUACCGUGCAGCCAUACUGAAGUGCUUUAAAAAUGCAUUUUUUUGUGUGACAAAUCCAAAAGAAAACCAACCACAACAAAAAUCAGAGCGUGAAUGGAAGCUAGCGGGGUUAGCUUAGUUUAGCAGAGCAUGCUGGUGUGGCUGUUUGUGUAUGUGUGUGUGAGGCAAAGAAACAAAAGAGUGAUUAAAAACACCUUAAUUACAUUCAGAAAUACAAAUAAACUUUGAAUAUAUUUCACAAGUAUAGGUGGUGGUUAGCGCGCAGGCUACACAGCUAGGAGACCCCAGUUCGAUUCCACCCUCGGGUAAUUCUGUGUGGAGUUUACAUGUUCUCCCCGUGCAUGCAUGAGUUUUCUCCGGGUACUCCGGUUUCCUCCCACAUUCCAAAAAAACAUGCUAGGUUAAUUAGCGACUCCAAAUUGUCCGUAGGUAUGAAUGUGAGUGUGAAUGGUUGUUUGUCUAUAUGUGCACUGUGAUUGGCUGGCCACCAGUCUCAGGGUGUACCCCGCCUCUCUCGCCUGAAGACAGCUGGGAUAGGCUCCAGCACCCCCCACGACAGUAUCACUCGGAUACUGUGAACAUCCAGCAGCAACACGACAUUUUGGCAUGACUACUAUUUUGAUGAAAAAUAUACUGAACCAGGGCAUGUCAGCGUACCUCAUGAGAGUUCAUUUCAACGGACUGUUUGGCUUUUUCUUUGCUUUUCAUAGCUUUUUAUGGAUACAUUUUACAUUUUAACAGUGGGAAAAACAAGGUAGGAAUGUUACAAUGUUACAAUGUUGCUUGUACAGUUAAUAACAGGUUGACGAUAUAAUAGUUGUAUGUAUAGUAAUUGCAAUAGUUUAACACUGGAGCAGAUUAUUCCUUUUUCUCGGAAUCCCACAUUUCAGAUUAUCAUUUCCGACAAAACAUGUAUCGAUUGUGUUUUGUGUCACUUUUUUGGUUUGUUGUUUCACAAAAAACGAUUUUUUUUGUCAAACCCCAAAACACUUCGGUGUGGCUUGGGGGCCAUUUUGUAUCGUGGUACUGAUUCUGUUACACUAUCCCCAACUUUCAGUGUAACCUAUUGCUAUUUAAGUCAUUGUAUGGUUUUGUAAAAUGUUGUCUCAGGGUUUCUGACGUUUUAUAAUAAUAAUUUAUUGUGAUUGUAGCUCAGCUUGAGGGCUCAUAUCAUUUUUUUUUUUUUUUUUUACUGUGACUGGCUAUGAAGUUGUUGUUUUUUCUCAACAAACUGUUGAAUUGUUGCAAAUGAGACAUUUGCAAAUUAUUUCAUAAGCAGAUCCCAGGCUGUUCAGUUUAAGGGUUCUUUAUUCUUUUUCUGUUUUGCAAUGUUGAAAAAAAAAAUAAAAGGUAUUCCUCAAGGCUCUGUGUUGAGCCCACUGUUAUAUUGUGACACGCGUGAAAUUGCAGGAGGUUAUGACACGAUAUAAAGUAAAACAGCUGCAGUGCUGUUUCUGUCCACCAGAGGAACCCAUAUGGAGGCUGACGUCAGUGCAGCAUUUCAAUGACUGCGCUGCUUGGAUGUAGUUCUGAAGUAGAGAUUAAAAAUUAAAAUUUAGCCGUAAAUUAACAACAACGCUGUAUAUAUAUAUAUAAAACGGUCGCAGCUUACACACGGGAAUUUAUGAUACUCAUUGUCUUAUCCUGGAUACUGUGUACUAUGGAGCGAUGACAUUCAUUUGGAAUUUUUUCCAUGAUUGUACCUUAUGUGUAUUGACUGAAAGACUUGUUUUAAAUGUAGGUCUUCUGCUUCCUUUUGGCCAGGUCUCUCUGGCAAAAGAGAUUUUUGGUCUUAAUGGGAAAAACCUGACUGGAUACAUUGAAAAAUUUUAAUAAUGAAAACAUAAUACUCAAAAAAAAAAAAUACAAAAGCAACGCUGACAUUGUUCAUGAGUUGAACUCAACAUGUAAAAAAGUUUUUCUUGUGCACAAAAGGCAUAUUUCAUUCAUUGAUUGAAAUGUUGACUAUUGUUUUUCUCCUGGAUUGAGUGUUUUUUUUCCAUCCAUCCAUUUUCUAUACUGUUUGUCAAGUCGCAGGUGGAUUUUGCUCACCAUCAUGGCCGCCGAACCCUUGCAGGACGUACUACGGAAGUGCUUACGGAAUUGUCAGACUUUCAAAAUGCUCGGCCUCCAACUUAGAUAUCCAAUAAGACUUCCGUGGGUUCAACUACUUCCGAAAAAUCACAUUCUGUUGUGAACUUUGCCAUAACGCGCCAUGGAUGGAUGGAUGGAUGGCACGGCAAUGCUGCAUGUGUCCACCAGAGGGAGACAGCGGAGCCCAGAGGGAGACUGACGUCAUUGCAGCGCCGUUGUAGGGUCAAUGGUAUCAUUUACCAGACAUCGGUCGUCAUGACGAGUCACCGUCACCAUCCUGCUGUCUUGGAGAACCAGCUCAUGGGAUAUCCGUUCGAUGCUAAUCGAAAGGAUGUCCUGGAAAUCACAGAAGGAACCAUCAGGCUGACAACUUCCACUGGUUUGAAUGCCGGUUUCGCCACCGACUCUCAUGUGACUGAACGUUCCGCCGGAAUGACAAGAACCAGCGUUCACAAAGUAGACUUCGCUUCCCACGUCGGGAACGAUUCCAGCCAUUUCAACCAGGCCCAGCCUUGCCCAGACCCUAGCUCCAGUGGCCCCCAGUAAACCUUUGACUGCACCACCUACCCUUGGGAGUGUGUUAGUGUGUUGUUGGCUGCAGGCUGCAAGAGCGCUUCUAUUCAAAGUAUCGGCAUUCUCCUGCCAGGGAAGUCAAACGGGACCAGCAAUAAGAGCGAAUUCGGGAAUACUAGUUCCAUCAUUUUUCUUCUGUGGAAUCUUUCAUUUAAAGACCAACACAGAUGAUGGCGGUGCAGUCAACCAGCGAGUUCUCCACACAGAGCUUUGUCUUAGCGGACUAUGCGGUCUUCGCCGCCAUGCUGGUGAUCUCCUUGGGCAUCGGACUCUUUCAGGCGUUGAAGAAGAAGCCCCAGGAUGCAAACACCGAUGACUUCUUCACCGGUCGUCGUAGUUUGCCGGCGGUGCCCGUCGGACUGUCCCUCUGUGCCAGCUUUAUGUCCGCCGUCCAGGUUUUGGGGGUUCCAGUCGAGGCUUCUCGCUACGGCUUCAAGUUCGUGUACAUGUGCCUCGGCCAAAGCAUCAACACUCUGCUGACGGCGUAUCUCUUUCUGCCCAUUUUCUUUCGUCUUGGGGUCACAAGCACCAAUCAGGUGAGAAGUCCAUUCCAGUGUGAUACCUCUAGUCUGUGUAGGGAUGGUUAUGACUUGGUGGAUGGAAAGGAAUUGGACUUGCCAAGUGGAUGCAGGUGCUUGUAUCUGAAGAUGAGGUUCGGCAGAGGGAUGCAGCUGCUUGGAAGUGUCCAGUUUCUCGUGGCCACGGUGUUUUACACCGGGAUUGUCAUCUACGCACCGGCACUCAUACUUAAUCAAGCAACUGGACUCAAUAUGUGGCUGUCUCUUUGCUCCACCGGAAUCAUCUGCACCCUGUACACAACGCUGGGCGGGAUAAAGGCCGUGAUCUGGACGGAUGUUUUCCAGAUCAUUGUGAUGCUUUCAGGCUUUGUGGCCAUUUUCAUCCACGGUACGGUUCUCGUCGGCGGUCCUGCGAUGGUACUGGAAAUCGCCAACAAUGGAUCACGGAUUAAUUUCAAUGAUUUUGACUUUGACCCACGUCGACGUUACACCUUCUGGAGCUUAUCCGUGGGGGGGGCACUCGUCUGGCUGUCCAUGUAUGGAGCGAACCAAGCUCAAGUCCAGCGAUAUGUCUCCUGCAAAACAGAAAGAGACGCCCAGUGGGCAUUACUAAUCAACCAGUUGGGCUUAUUCCUAAUUGUGGGCAGCGCAGCAACCUGUGGCAUCGUCAUGUUUGCUUACUAUGUCAACUGCGAUCCUUUGCGGUCUGGCAGAUUUUCUUCACCUGAUCUAUAUGUGCCGUACUUUGUGCUGGACAUAUUCAAAAACUAUCCUGGCUUUCCUGGUCUGUUCCUGGCCUGUGCGUACAGCGGCACCUUGAGCACGGUUUCCACGAGUAUCAACGCAAUGGCCGCAGUAACAAUGGAGGAUCUCUUACAACCUCAUCUGCGCGGCAUGAACCAGAAGAAACAAAUCCUUCUUUCGAAAGGACUGUCCUUGGUCUACGGAACCGCUUGCAUCAUUGUAGCUGCUCUAUCCUCCCUCCUGGACGCGGGGGUUCUUCAGGCGUCCCUUACAGUCAUGGCUGCCAUCAGUGGUCCGUUACUGGGUGUGUUCAUUUUGGGGAUGUUUCUUCCAGGCACAAACAAACUGGGUGCCUUCUCAGGCGUGACAGCGGGCCUCUGUGUGUCUUUGUGGCUGGCUGUCGGUUCCACUCUGUACCCGCCCAGCCAGGCGACCAUGGGCGUGCUGCCCACUUACACAGACCGGUGUGAACCCGGAAUCCUGAAUGACACUCAACAGCAGCACUCCAUUUCAACGCCACUUCUCCCUGACGGUCCCGGGGGCCUGCAUGAUUUCUACGCCAUAUCCUACCUCUAUAUUGGUGCCAUAGCAGUCGUCUCGGCUGUUCUAGUUGGGAUCCUUGUAAGCUCUGUUUCAGGACCGACCAAGAGAGCUGAUCUUAAACCGGGCUUGUUAUGGUGGGACCUGGGGAAAAAGCAGGCGGCCAUGCAAGCAGAAUGCGAGGCUAAGCGGCGUCUAGAAAGACGAGAGCUCGUGCGUUUGAAAGAGCCGCACAGACGUCGUGACGAGAGUCAUGCAAAACUAUGGAAUAAUGUUCAAUAUGUCACAUUUCCGUCUCCGAGUGUAUUACCUGAAAAAGAUUUGCUGUUGCAUUGAUGUUGUUUUUUUUUCUGUUAUGUUUUUAAUUCAGAAUGUGGUUCUAAAACAACCCACGUUUAGAAAUACUGUGGGUAAAAUAAACUUGUUAAUAAAACAAAUGUGGUUGUAUUAUCAUCCCAUGUACUACCUGAAAAAUAUAUACAAUUUUUAGGCAUUAAGAAAACAAACUUUGAAGAGCAUAAUUCAUUUUUAUAUAUCAUAAUGAAGUUUACAAAAGUGUAGUUGAAUGUGAUGCAGAGUCUCUUCACUGAUUGUUCCUAAUGGAGCCACUUCCGCGUGCCUCGUGCCCUCCCCGCCCCCGGUGAGUCACCACUCAUCAGCGGCCCUGUUGGAGUCCUCGUCCGCGACUGCGCAGUCGAGACGCUCCACUCCGGGAAGAGCCAGGUCCCUUUCGUUGAGCUUCUCCAGGAAAGACGAAAGCAAACGUUUGUUUAAAUGGUCCGUCAGGGUCCUCUCCUCCUCCUCCGCCACACGCACCUUCGCCACCUCCGUUUCUUCGGCGCUGGCGUCCGAGUUGAAGUGCGAGAGGGCCGCGCCGUGGUGGCUCAAGGACAAGCCGUUAAGCUGCUCUUCCUCCGUGGGGCUGCCGGCGUCCGCGCUGGAUUCGGCCUCCAUUCUCGAUACUAAAGUUGUCUGCAGGGCGACAUUUUCCAGUUCUUUCAGGCGUUUGCUGUCGAGGCCGCGGCCGGGCGAGUCGUUUCCUGCCGGGUGGUUGGUGUCAAGAGGCUCGCCGCUCUGCUCCAUGGUGCUGUGAAACAGGAAUGCGGAACGAAGAAAUAGAAAACAUUACUUUGGUAACGACUGGACGGUGUCGCCCCCGCGUGGUAGAUUGGGAAUACUGCAACAAAAAAGACAAGUGUUACCCAAACCACACAAUACUAUUCAUUAACAUCUUAUCUUACGUAAGUAUUUGUGGAUAUGAGUGACAAUUUAACCACAAGUUAAAAUCCUUAUUUGUGUAAGCAUACUAAGCAAAUAAAGUUGGUUUUGAUUAUAAUUAAAGACUCAAUUCCUACCUAAAACACAAUAAAUCGAUCAACAUAACCGGCUAGCUGACAGAUCUUCUAACAAACAACACAUCACUGGAAAAACCAGGAAGUAUUUUGCAUUCAAAAUAAGACAGUAUUUUCCAUUAAUUUUGGAAUUUAAUUUUUUGACGGAUAUCUUUCAGAAACACUUAUUAAAAAAAUGUCUACAAUGUUUGACGACUGUGUUUUUUUGCUAGUACUUUUACCCUUUGGGCCCCUUCAAGUGCAUAUGCGUGUGCACGGCGGCCAUAUUGGAACGGUACUUUUGCGACUAACAUUGUCUGCAAGGCACCUAAUAUAUUGUUAGUGAAU